UUUCAAAUCUCAAAUCUCUCUCUCUCUCUCUCUCUCUCCCUCUCUCUGGAUCUCAUCUAUUUCUCCUCUUGAUCUCUCCUCUUGAUCUCUCCUCUCCCAACCUCUUCUUCCCUACACCUUGCUACAUCUCUGUAACCCCAAUCUUAAAAAUCUAUAAAAACAUGUCCUCAAAUGUUGAACACAAGUGGUUGUUGGAUGAGAAAGAUUAUGAAGCACUACAACAAAUUCAAGAUAUCACAAGCAACGCUGACGAGAUCCAACCACUAAUUCUGACUGAAAUUCUGUCAACGAAUGCUAAUGUUGAAUAUUUACAACAGCAUGGCCUUGAUGGCUCUACUGACUCUUCAACUUUCAAAAAACUUAUACCUCUUGUCUCUUACGAACAAUUACAACCUUAUAUAACUCGUAUUGCAGAAGGUGAUGAUUCCCCAAUCCUAUGCUCAAACCCGAUCACAGGGUUCUUUGUAAGCUCUGGGACAUCUGGGGGAGAACCCAAGUUAGUUCCAAUAUAUGAACAAGAGUUUGAGAGAAGGUUGUCUUUUUUCAACUAUUUGAUGGCAAGGACGAAACAAUUGUUUCCAAAUAUCAAUUGUUACAAUGAUAAAGCAAUGAACUUUCACUUUGCAAAGCCUGAUCAUAAGACAAAAGCUGGAAUUCUUGUUAGUUCUGUAUUUACAAGACUGCUCAAAACAUCAUUAAAUCUCAAAAGUAUAGCAACUGGGAAUAACGCAAUCCCUGAUGACAUUCUUCUCUGCACGGACACAUACCAAAGCUUAUACUGUCAGCUUCUUUGUGGGCUCUACCAAAACGACCUAGUUUUUCAAGUUGGUUCAAUUUUCGCUUCUGGGUUGCUUCACGUUUUUAAGUUCCUUGAAAAUCAUUGGGCUGAUUUGGUUAGUGAUAUACGUACAGGAAGUAUUAAUAACCCCAAAAUUACAGACUUAUCACUGCGAGAAUCAGUUAUGAAGAUUCUUGUAAAACCCAAUCCUCAACUUGCAGAUUUGAUUGAAACUGAAUGUAGCAAAGGAACAUGGAAAGGAAUAGUUAGAAGAUUGUGGCCAAACACUAAAUAUAUUAAGGCUAUUGCCACAGGAAGCUUGUCACAAUACAUUCCAUUGCUAAAUUACUACACAAACAAUCUCCCUAUUUUUUCUGACCAUUAUGGUUCUACUGAAUGUUUACUUGGCUUAAAUUUAGAUCCAAUAUGUGACCCUAAUGAAACCUCCUACACUUUGAUUCCUACCAUGGCGUAUUUCGAGUUCUUACCAAUGGAUACGACAAAUAUCAACGGCGAAGUGACUCAAGAAUUAGUUGAUCUUGUUGAUGUCAAGUUAGGACAAGAAUAUGAGCUGGUCAUCACCACUUUCGCUGCUAAGGGACACGUGUAACCUUUUUAGACAGUCAAGGCAUUCACGUACGUGGCGUACUUUUAGGCGGUUCAAACGUACGUGAAACGUGUCCAACGUUCCCUCUGUCAGACUUUUGCGAAGUUCACUCUCGUCCCUACGUGAAACGUGUCCAACGUUCCCUCUGUCAGACUUUUGCGAAGUUCACUCUCGUCCCCUUCUUCCCGUUAAAGACUCUCCUCCAUGCACUUCCUCGCACUCAUCCAUCAAAACACACAAUUUACUUCAAUCCUCUCUUCCUCUUAUUCGUCCUGUGUUCUGAGCCCUUAUAAGCCCUUUGUUUCUAUUCCCUGUACUUACGAGUGCACGUUAGUACCAGGGAAGCUGUGUUAACCUUGGGGAGCAAACGACAUAACGAUUAGCACCACGGUCAGCCGAAAUUGCUUUCAGGGCAGUGGUUCGUCACGGCACAGCAAUCACAGCAAUAAUUCUGAUCGACCUUACCUUCUAACAGGAACGAGUGUGUUUAUAAACUUAAUUUUCAAAAGUUGAAACCAUAUACAUUUACGCCUCUUUGUAACUUGCAACUUCAUUUUUUAUUUUCGCUUUCAAAAUUCGACCUAUUUUCUUUUUUUUGGAGAGCCUCUUUAACCAAUGCAACCCUGAACUCUUUGUUGCCAUUUAAGGACCAAAAUAGAAAGUUAUCUCCUUUUGUCAGAACGACAUGGGUUGGUAGAGUUCUUGUGAUGUAGUUCUAAGCCUCUUGUUCCUUGUCAUUGAGAGGCCUUCUUGUGGUUAAUCUCCAUAAUUCUCUUAAGUCGAGGUCCCAUGUUUCUUCAAUUGUUGCCGAAUGAUUAUUUAAUAAAGCAUAAAAUCCAGGAAAGCUUUUGCUCAA